GCACGGACCAUUUUGAAUUGUUGCAACGCCCCAGAAGGCCGAAGGGUCCGGGUCCGCGUUCCACUGCCCACUCAGGUCUCGAGCCAUUGCAGCGAUGGAGUGCAGCAGUGGACUUGCCCGUCCGUCCUGUCCUUGUAGCGCCCGACUCAAACUGUUCGUUGACAAUUCCAUUGCCCACCUUUAGACUCUGUCCCUGUUGCGUGUGUUCCUGGCGCCGCCGUUCCAUCAACUUUGCAAAACGGCUUGAAUUCCACUUGCAUCAUCGCAAGCGCCCGCCCUUCUCCUGGUCUUCGAAUCUUUCCGACCUUUUAGCGACGACAAUAGUCGCUGGAAUAAUCCGAUAACAUGGCACCUCGCCGUCGCCGUGGCGGCCGCGAUGGCUCCCAGGACGGCAACUCAUCAGAGACAGAUGCUCCCAAGAACCGUCCACCCAACACUGCUUUCCGCCAGCAACGAAUGCGCGCCUGGCAAUGCGUGCUCACGCCCAAACUUAUCGUCUCCAUUUUUACUGUCCUCGCCGCCAUCUAUCUUGGCUUUGGCGCCUACUUGACAUAUCUCGCCUUCACUGUUCGAGAUAUCAGUAUCGACUACACAGAUUGUCUGAGAGAUGCGCCCAGAGGAAAUGACACAAGGAAACCAAUUCCACCCGAUAACAUCAAGUCGCACUUCACCUCAAAAGCCCUGGCCGACCAUCCGAACCUAGACCCCAAGAAGAUGUCGACAUGGCAUGUUGAGGAGAAAAACGUAACCUUCGAAUGGAGCGGCAUCACGGCUCCAAGAAACAUUUGCGUUAUCUCAUUCCCUAUUCCCGAGGAACUCCCGGCACCCGUCAGCUUCUACUACCAUCUCGACAACUUCUACCAGAACCAUCGUCGCUACGUUAACUCGUUCAACGCCAAGCAACUUCUGGGCGAUGCCGUAUCCAAGGAUGUUAUCGACGGCUCGACCUGCAAGCCCCUGGAUCUCGACCCUCGAGGAAGCGGAAAGGUCAUUUACCCGUGCGGCGUGGUGGCCAAUUCCAUGUUCAACGACACCUUCUCCAACCCCUACAACGAGCAAAACUCUACCGACUACGUCAUGUCCAACAAGGCCGGUGACAUCAGCUGGGAGGGAUUGAAGGACCUAUACGGCGAGACGAAGUACUCGCGGGCCGAUAUCGUGCCCCCACCCAACUGGGAGGCAGCCUGGCCCAACGGCUACACAAACGACACCAAGCUUCCCGACCUCAAGAACUGGGCCGACUUCCAGAACUGGAUGAUGCUCGCUGCCUCGCCCGACUUUUACAAGCUGGUGCGCAAGAACGAGCGCGACGCCAUGAAGGCGGGCAACUACCGGAUUGAGAUUGUCGACAACUUCAACACCACCGUUUACAACGGACACAAGUCCAUCGUGCUCACCACCAUCACCGCCAUGGGCGCCCGCAACAUCUGGCCAGGGAUAAUAUUCCUCAUUGUCGGCGGCAUCUGCCUUAUUCUUGACAUCUACUUUGUCUUGUCUUUCUUCAUAUGGAAGCCUCGUAAGCUGGGCGACCCGUCGUACCUGUCGUGGAAUCAGCCUUCGGCCGCUCAGGCUGGAUCGACGUGAAACGAGCAACCAGAACUCGAACCAAGUAAGACAAAACACACAAAGAACGAAGAUAUAAUUUAGACCCUAAUUACGCCGUGAGAUGGAUGGAUGGCUGGAUGGAUGUGAUGAAACUUCUUACCCUGCGGGAUGAGGCUAGGACGGGGGCUGGCUGGCUGGUCGAAACAUGAAUUGGGAUAGAAGAGGCGGAAAGGGUAAGGAGAAGCAGACAACUUGAAGGAGACAGAGAGAGAGAGAGAGAGAGAGAGAGAGGGCGGGAUUCCUGAUCCAACACGGAACCGCUCUUUGUGAGCUUUGCCUGUUGUUGUUUCCAAAAACUUCGCUGGGUUUUGAAGUUCAGCACGCGCUUACACAAGUCUUUUUGGGAUAUCAAUAACUGAACGGCGUCUUGGGUUUGGUAUAGUUUCCGUUUCACUACUUAGUACAGAUGCAUUUCAUGGGAUGUAGGUCUCAUUAUUUACUCACAAUUUUUUUAAAAAAGAAAACCACAAGCUCAUUUUCAUUUCCUG